AUGUUAGAACUGUGUGGCAAAGAAAAUUUACAUAAACUCAAAGAGAACUAUUCGAGAAGUCAAACAGUACAGGAGGCAUGUGAAAGGAUUGAAGACACUCACCCUGGGAAAUUGCACGUCAGAUUUCCAAGUUAUUCCUGCAACCGUGUCGACAUAAACCUGUUGAGGAGUGACCUUGGUGACACCGGUCAUGAAUGUAAGAAAUGUGGCAAAGAUUUCUGUACCUUCUCUUCAUUUUGGAUCCAUGUGGUAGAUGAACAUGAACCUUUGGAAUGUGCUGAGACCUAUAAUGAUCCUUUCCCUUUAGUUUCCAAAGAAGCGUUUAAUUUUCUAGAAAAGUUUUAUGAGUGUAUUGAAAAGGGGAAACCCUUUUCUUCUUCUGCCCCCCUUACUACUACUUCAGACAGCACAGGAAACAGAAACAUUGACAGUACAGAGAAGCCUUAUAAUUGUAAGGUAUGUGGAAAAUCUCCGCGUUCUUUGUCAUGCCUAAGGAGACAUGCAAGAACACAUACAGAUGGGAAACCUUAUGAGUGUCACCAGUGUGGAAAAACCUUUCCUCGGCUUGCUCUUUUAACUCUCCAUGCCAAAAUGCACUCAGCAGAGAGACCUGUUCAAUGUAUGGAAGGUGAGAAGACCUUCUCACGGUCGGAUCACCUCGUUAAACAAAGAGGAAUUCCCAAAAGACAGUAUGAAUGUAAGGAAUGUGGGAAAGGAUUUUUAAAAUCUAUUCACCUCAUUAGACAUAGAAGAAUUCAUGGAGGACAGAGACCUUAUGAAUGCAAGGAAUGUUCGAAGACCUUUUGUCACUUGUCUCAUCUUAGAAGACACACAAGAACACACACAGGAGAGAAGCCUCACGAAUGUGAAGAAUGUGGCAAACCAUUCUCACGGUUUGCUGAUCUCAAGGAACACAGAAAAAUUCACACAGGAGAGAGACUUUAUAAAUGUACAGAAUGUGAGAAAACAUUUUCUGAAUCAGGUCGCCUCACUUCACAUAGAGCAGUUCACACAAGGGAGAGACUUUAUCAGUAUCAGGAAUGUGGGAAUACAUUUAGCCAGUCACGUCCACUCAAGUUACAUAGAAGAAUUCACACAGGAGAGAGACCUGACAAAUGUCAGGAAUGUGGGAAAACAUUUUCACGAUCAAGUCAGCUCACUGAACAUAGAAGAAUUCACAGAGGAGAGAGACCUUAUGAAUGUGAGGAAUGUGGGGAAACAUUUAUCCAGUCAUAUGACCUCACUGAACAUAGACGAGUUCACAUAGGAGAGAGACGCUACGAAUGUCAAGACUACACCAGGAACCGGAAGGGAAUUCACUCAGGGCUCUACGUUGACUUCCCCACUGGCCGGGGCAUGUUGGCACCCAAUGUGGGGCUAAGGCACGGGGGAAUUUCUGAUAAGGAGUCUGUCUCCAUUAUAAUGCCUCCUAGAGAUGAGGACAUUAGCCCAGAUAUUCCUACUCAAAGCUGUGCCUCCUUAAAACCUGAUCCCGCAGACAAACCUCCACUUGGAGAGCCCAGCAUCCCCAGACCGAUGUAUACUUCUUUGAAAAUUUAUCAUUCAGAGAUAAAUCAUGACAAUAAUUAUUUAACCCCUGAAGAGGAAGCUGACUUUAAGGGCGAGGGGGCUAAGUAUCAUAGCCUUGACUGGUCACCUCCUCUGCCUCUUGCAUAA